AUGACCACCAUUCCGGAUGAAGCUCUACUUGCCUGCAGCCAGUCUGCCAACGGCCAAGUUGUGCUAAUUACCGGAGGAGCCAAAGGAAUAGGGAGAGAAACCGCUCUACUAUUCGGUAAACACGGUGCUAGGGUGGUCAUCGGUGAUAUAGACGCCAAAGGCUGUCAAGACGUCGUGGACCUUAUAACGGGGGCUGGCGGAGAAGCCAUCUUCCAGCCAUGUAAUGUAACGAAAUGGGAUGACCUCGUGUCACUCUUCGAGAAAGCGGUCGAGAGAUUUGGAUCCGUCGACUCUGUGAUCCCUGUAGCCGGCGUCGCGAACGAAGAAGCGUUCGAGCAGCUAAAGGAACAGUCCGGCCGCCCGGUGAAGCCGAAUCUCACCACCGUAGAGAUCAACCUGACGGCGGCUAUCCACACCUCGUACCUCGCCAUGCACUACCUAAAAAAGACGAAAGCGAACAACCGCCUAAAGUCCAUCGUACUCAUGGCCUCAAUGUCGUCGUGGCAGGCGAUCCCGGGCGUGCCCCUCUACAGCGCAUCAAAACACGGCCUCCUCGGCUUCAUGCGCGCCCUCGCGCCCAUGGCCCAGACGGAGGGCAUCCACAUCGCCUCGGUGCACCCCUUCUUCGUCGACACGGGCCUUGUUCCCACAGUGAUGAAAGCCGUGCUGGCGGGCGUACCCCUGACGCCCGUGACACGCGUCGCCUCCACCGUCUUCUACGCCGCCACGAACCCAGACUGGGCCAUCCACGGCUCCACGCUCGUCCUGCUCGACGACGGCCCCGUCCUCCGCCUCGAGAAAGAAAAUUUGCGCGAAGGUGUCUACGGUAUAAUGAACAAGCGCGCUGCGCGCGUCCAAGGGCGUUUAUAGCGAUCGUACGUGACUUGUGGAAGAUAUUUGGGAAGCGCUUGGUGUUGUCUGCCUUGUUGGUAGCCCUUGCUAGGUCGUCGUGGAGGUAUAGGUACCGCAACUGAAUUCCGCACACGCCGACGGAGUCUUCGGUUAGGAGCGUCAUUACCUUCGAUUUGCGAAAGCUUUGCUCCAUGUAUUCGUCUUUCGAUACCACUUCCCUACUUCCACCACGUGUAAUCAUAUAUCUUAGCCUCACUCGGCUGUUGUACAAGCACUCUGCAUCUACCCUGUGUGAAUGUGCACUCCGCUAGGACGACGGGGC